UGGCACCUCACGUAGCUACAGGUAUAAAUAGGAGACAGCAGGUGUAAGGCUUCAGUUUCAAGUGGAGUAUAGUAGUGAGCACAACAUGAAGAUAGCUUUAGUGGUCGUGGCGGUGGUGGUGAUGGUGUUGGGUGACGUGAACGGGAUGCCCCAGGGUGGAGGAGGGUACAAGCAACCUGAAGGGUAUUUCCAGUAUGUCAACGUGCCUGCCCACAAGGAGUACGAGUUUGGUUGGAAUCGUGGUAACCCUCACCACUACAUCUCCCGCUUUGAGCAGGCUAAGGAUCACCGCUUCCGUACCAGGGUGAAGUGGUCAGAUACCUACGGUGGCUACGGCGAGCACUACUGGGAGUACAAUCACGCCCCUAAGUACCCCGAACACAACACGUACAAGGACCCUGAACCCUCCUACGGACAUCCUGAACCUUCCUACGGACACCCUGAACCUUCCUACGGACACCAAGAGCUCUCUUACGGACCACCCAAGGGUUACCCAUCUGAGAAUAUUCCUGUCAUUAUCGCGGACCCUCACGACAUCCAGUUAGCGGAAGGUGGUGGUGGUGGUGACUACUCCGCUGCUCGGGAAUAAACACAGCCGUGUCUUCCUCUCGCCCACGCCAUCAUUCAUCUCCCCCGCCUCACCUGGAUAUAUUAUGGACCAGGUGACCCCCACAGGUGUGAGGUACAGGUGCCCACAGGUAUAAGUUACAGAUGUCCACAGAUGCAACAACUAUUUGAGGAGCCUCUGAUAAUGGGCAAAUACCUCCCUGGUCUCCCCAAAGGUCGAUAUUGUAUGUUGAUUUAUAUUUAAGUAAUGGUCUUCACUGUACAUCUUGGGAGACGAGUAUAAGUAUAAAUGUUUCCUCCUUAACCCCCCCAACAGCCCCAGACCUUCAAAACUAAAAUUACCAGUAGUUUAAAGCCCGGAGAGAUUAUUUGUUGUGACGAGUUUAAAGAUUUCCUCCAAAAUAUGUGGUCAGAUUCUACGACGGCAGGUCCCGCCAUCACCCGAGUCUGACACACUAGCACUGCAAGAUGUGUUGGGCUACCGUUACAGGCGGGGUUUAUCUCUAGUCUAGUCCCGGGGAGUGGAUGCCCGCCCCCACACGGCCUUCCACACAUCCACAACCCACCCAGCCCCGCCCACUACUACCCACAUAUCCACCCAGGCUUACCCAUAUCUCGCGCAUAUCUGAUUGCUUACUCAUAGCAUACUUGUACCCACAACCAUUCACCCACACGGCCUACACAUCCACAAGCCUCCUGCACCCCCACAACCGACCCACAUACUCAGACCAACCAGUACAACCACAACCCGCCAACAUAUUCAUCCCCACACUGACCCUCACUGAAGAUGUUGACUGUGAACAACAUCAAAACACUUAUUUAUAGAGAUCAAAUCCUUAAGUGAGUUUGUAGACAAAAUUCUCUCGUCACUUGUUUCUCUGUAUACGUAUGUUUUUGUGUGUGUUAUUUAGUGACAAUAUUUACGUUCAGAAAUACAUAUUGAAGGUUACGCUUUUUGUGCCUUGUUGACCUAGUUAUCGCUGUUAUUAUUAUAUUGUUAUUUUUUGAGCAUUUUUGUAAUAAAAUGAUAUGAAGAAUU